AUGUUAUUGUCAUACAAAGAAUUUUUAAAGAAUGCGAAGAUCAUUCUUGGAUCACAAAGCAAGGGAAGGCAGGGAUUGUUAAAUAUGGUUGAUUUAUUUAAAUUUGAAGUUUUUCCUUCUACUUUUGAAGAAAACUUAGAUAAAUAGCUUGACCCACUAACUUAUGUUUAAAAGACAUGCGAAGGCAAAGUCAUAAAUCUUCUUGAAACAUUCAAAUAAAACAAUUAAUAAUGGGAUAUUUGUAUUUUCGCAGACACUGUGUGUGAGAUUAAUGGAAAAAUAAUAGAGAAGCCUAAUACAAAGGAAGACGCAUACAAUUUUUUAAAGUUGUUCAGUAAUUCAUUACAUUUGGUACACACAAGUGUUUAUGUCGUUGGAAAAAAUGACAAAAAUUAAAUAUUCUAAUUGAAUGGAGUGGAAACCACAGAAGUCCACUUUUAAUAUUUGCCAGAACAGAGUAUUCAAAUUUAUGUUGAAGAUGAAUCAAAUUGGAAAGGAAGAGCAGGCGGAUAUGCAAUACAAGCCCUAGGAAAUAUGUUUAUAAAAAAAAUCAAUGGCGAUUAUUCUAAUGUUAUCGGAUUGCCUUUACCAGUAUUGGAUAAAUUGAUGUCUGAAAUCAUAGAAUUAUUGAUAAAAAAGGAUUGA